GGCCGACGCAGCCAUGGGUGCCGCGCCUGCGGGGACACCGAGGGGGUUCGAGGGUCAGCCGGGGCGGGCGGGAGGCCCGGCAGCCGGGACACGCUGAGUCGCGGUGGGAGGGGACCAGGCCGCAGCGCACCGAGAGAGCGGGACCGUCGCGGGGUCGCCUCGGAGGGUCGCACCUCCCCUCCCAGCGAGUUGAUCCGGGGUGGGGGGGCCGUGCAGGCAGAUCUGAGGGUGCACUGAUCCCAUCCUGCACGUCUUGGGGGGGUCACGGCGCAUCUGCCGAGGCCGCCGCGGAUCCCUGGUGGCCAGCCGGGGCCCGGCGCCACCUCGGUCGAGCCCCCGGGGCGACCCCCGCGGAUGGCCGCGCUGCCCCCUCGCCGGCCGCUCGGGCGCUGCAGCGGCUGAGGUCGCCGGGUUCGCCCCGUGGCCGCCGCCCUCGCCGCCCCCUGCAUGCCCGGCGCCCGCAUCGCAGCCCACCUGGACGCUCUGGGCCCCCUGGCCUCGUACGUGCAGCCCCCGCUGCCGUCCUCUAUGUUCUACGUGGGCCUGUUCUUUGUCAACGUGCUGAUCCUCUACUACGCCUUCCUCAUGGAGUACAUCGUCCUCAACGUGGGCCUCGUCUUCCUGCCCGAGGACCUGGACCAGGCGCUCGUGGACCUCGGUGUGCUCUCUGACCCCGGCUCCGGCCUCUACGAUGCAGACUCGGAACUCGACGUCUUGGACGGGUACUUGGAGUAAGGGUCUUGACUACUAUCCCCCAUGCCCUCCAUGACCUGCUACUCUCAGCCGCCGCUCCUGGUUGGGGCGCUCUCUGGACUCGGAUGGGACCCCAGGAAGAGGCCCUCCAAGGUCUAAUGAGCCAAAGGGGUCAGUGUUUCAGCAUGAAGCCAGUGAGGAGGCCAUAAGUUGUCCAGCCAGCAGUGGCAGAGGCCAGCUCAGCGAAGAUGGAGAAUGUGGACAAGCUGAGGACACCUAUCAGAGGCCAAAUCCACAUACCACCCCUGCUUCUAGAGCCUUUGACGGUCACUUAGCCACAAAUAUUGGUCCUUCUUAUUCUGCUGAACUGUGUGCUAGUCCCCUGUGGUCCUGAUAUGAAUCCGUCUCCAAGCCAGGUGCUUGACUUUCAGACAGCGCCUUGUGAGGAACGUCUUAUUUUAUCCUCUCCACUUAACAACAGCAACACUUCCGCUUCCAAGUAGAAACACUGGCAUACUCGCAACCAAAAACCGAAGCCCAAAUGCUUUGACUUUUUUAUACAUAUAUAUACACAUAUAUAGCAAAUGCUAUUUGAGCACAAACACCAGGAAGUGUUUCUUGGGUUGCCCUUGACAAGCUUUCUGUGUGACCCCCAAGAAGUGGGGAAUACCCCACCCAGGCCUGGGGCAUGCACUCCUCCACCCCCAAAUCCAAGCCAGGACAAGGCCUAGGAAGCCCAGACCUGGGGGUACAGGAUCAGGUGGCUAGCCCCAGGAAAGCCACAUGAGGAAGAUGUGGAGAUAGUUUUAUUGAAUCUGGCCUCCAUGCCACUUUCCGUAGGUGGAGGGGGGAAGGUCGAAUCUCUCUCUCUUACGGGUUCUCACCUGGACUCAUGAACUGCACACAAAAGCCAGUCCAGGAAAUGCUGGCAAAGGGCAAAGGACUUUCCAGGCAGUGGGGUAAAGAGGUCAAGUUGAAAGCAGCCUUCACUUCUACUCUGUCUCUCUUGUGAGUGUAUGACCCAUAAAAUUCAGCCCCUAUGUGUUUACUGAGCACCUACUUAGGAGGUAUAUAGGGUGGUUAAGAGCCAGGACCCUAGCUUCAGACUCCCGGGGUUCAGAUCUCAGGCCUAGCUGCAACUCGCUGCUCCACCUCCUUUUUCAGUUUCCUCUUCAAUAAACAGAUCAUGAAACUCUGCCUUGGGAGAAGACAGCACUUGGACUUUCUGGUGUAUCAUAAACAGCUUGCUCACAUAAUGCUGUGUUCAUGGAGAAGUGUGUGUGUGAACACACACUUGGGAAAGUGUAAAAGUGCUCAAUACACUGUGUAUUUACACCCUUGCAUGAGCAAAAGGACUACUCCCCCUCCCCCACCCCAAGCACAGGGAGGUCUGAAUGUGGUCCAGACUUUGGCAGACUUCACCUGCUUUCCUGCCCUGGGACCGGCUUCCCACCACCCAGAGUUCUGGGGAGCCAGCUCUGUGGUUUGCCUGGCCUGUUUGUAGCCCCCUGCCCAGGGAAGGGGGACUUUAUGAGGGUCUCUCAGAGCCUCCCUCCUCCAAUACUAAUUCACCUUGUGUCAGGCCUGUUUCAUCUGUACUUUUUGAGUGUUGUUUUUUUUUCCUCCCAGACUAGGACUUGAACAUGAUAUCAGAUGCUUU